UAUAUUUAGAGCCGUACCAUUUCCGGACAAAAAAAUGACAGCACUUUCGCCUGUUUGCAAAUUUUGUGGAAUAUCAAGGCAGUAUUUUGUUGUCAGUAUUAUAAAAUCACACAGAAGAUAUAGAUCUACACAACUCAAACAGGAUAUCAAACCAGACUGGAAGCCAGUGAUUGGGCUUGAAGUUCAUGCUCAGAUAAAAGCUGAAGGGAAGCUCUUCUCUGGGGCCUCAUCCAAAUAUGGAGGACCAGCCAAUACACAAGUGGCUUUCUUAGAUUCUGCUCUACCAGGAACAUUACCAGUAUUGAAUAGGCGCUGUGUUGAGGCUGGAGUACUCACUGCCCUCGCUCUGCAAUGCAGAAUUAACAAAGUGUCAAGAUUUGACAGAAAACAUUAUUUUUAUGCUGACUUACCAGCAGGAUAUCAGAUUACUCAGCAGAACCAUGCAUUAGCUAAUGACGGUGUCUUCAGAUACCUUCAGUAUGGCAAACACGAAGAUGACUGUGUUGAGAAAUCUGCUCGUAUUUUACAACUACAGCUAGAACAGGACUCUGGGAAAAGUCUACAUGAUGAUAUAGAAGGGCGCAGUCUUAUUGAUCUUAAUAGAGCAGGUUGUGCAUUGAUGGAGAUUGUAACAGCUCCUGAUUUCAACACGGGAGAUGAAGCCAGGUCAUUUGUUAGAGAUCUACGAAUGUUGUUAGUAACACUUGGCACAUGUGAUGGGAAAUUUUCAGAGGGUUCGAUGCGAGUUGAUGCCAAUAUAUCUGUCCACAGACCAGGGGAACCACUAGGCACGAGGUCGGAGGUCAAAAACAUAAACAGUAUAUACAGUUUAAAGAAAGCAAUAGACUAUGAAAUAAGAAGACAGAUAGAAAUACUGGAGAGUGGUGAGGAUGUCAUCAAUGAAACAAGGUCUUACGAUAAAGAUACUGGAAAAACUCUGGCAAUGCGAGACAAAGAAUCUAAACAGGACUACCGGUUUAUGCCGGAACCCAACCUUCCACCACUCCACCUAUACUCAUCCAGUGAUGCAAAGUCUGGUUCUCAGUCUGUGGUUACUAUAGACAAUAUAGAGAAACAGCUGCCUGCAUUACCCAGUGAGAUCAGAGAACGUCUAAUGAACAAAUAUGGGCUAAAUAUGUAUAGAGCUAACUUAAUUGUGAAUGAAGAGCUAGUCGAUGUGUAUGAACAGUUGGUAACAACAAGAGAUGUGAAGAAAUUUACAACAUUUCUGAUUCACGAGUUUCUUAGUCUGGUACUGGAACGUGAUCUAACUGUAUCUGAUUGUGGAGUGGCACCACAGUGUAUAGGAGAAUUAUAUGACUGGUAUCUAAAUGAAGAUCUUUCCCAUUUGAAUGUUCAAAAGAUAAUGAGAGGCCUUUUAGAUGGUGAUGGCAGUGACCCGAAAUAUUUAGCCGACACCUGGAACUUGUGGCAGAUCAAUGAUGUAGAGUAUCUAACCAGUGUGUGUAGACAGAUCAUAGAAGAAAACCCAUCCCAGGUAGCUAAAGUAAAGAGAGGAAAGCCACGUGCCAUUAACAAAUUAAUGGGCCAAGCCAGAAAAAUGACAAAUGAUCAAGGAAAUCCAGUUAAAAUCAACAAAAUUUUCAAGAAGCUGAUUUUGGACUGAAAUGUUUGUUUCUACCCUAUUGUUGUCUGUCAUUAUUUAAGAAUAAACUUCUCAGUAGUCUUGUUUACCAGUACAAACGUUUUGUGAAACAGUACUGACUUACUUUAAUGCCCGUCUUAUGAGGAGAGGUGAUGUAUUGUUAUACUCCUACAGGUCAGUAGAGUCAAGUCAAGUCAAGUCAAAAUCCUUUAUUUCACUCAUUUCAUGUAUACAUGAAUCAAUGAGGUAACAUAUUAACAAUAUAUUCGAGACACUUACUAAGUAAAUUAUCAACAAAGUUUUAACAAAUCUAACAUGACAAAAUGCAGAAUUAUUAUUUCUAGUUAUCAAAACAAAUAUAUAUGUAUAAGUAUAAUUCUGGUAUCUACUACUCGUUUGAUACUCAAUAAGGGCAUUGGAGAGUCACAAUAGACAUUAUUUAUAGGCUAAUUAUAGAAUAUAGCUAUCUUAAUUGUAACAGUAUUAUUUUAACAAACUUGCACAAAUUCAAAUAUUCUUUUCUGUUACUGGUAUUCAAAAGUUGCUCUAACUUA